UUCAUGGCUUCCACGUACCCAAGUUCCCUGUUUUACUUCUGCAGCUCCAGUUCUUCAAAACCCAGUUCAACUUCAGCCACACGCUUGCCCUUGGCUUUUUCUGGGUCUGGCUUUAAUGGGUGCAAUGGAGUUACAGUCACCAAAGCUUGGUCUAGUAGUAGCUCAAGAAUAUGUGCCAAGUUUGAAAAGUUCCAAGCUGAGGACAAUCUUGAAGAGACCAACAUGCCAUCAUCAUCUUUACAAGAAGUUGAGGAAGAUGGUGAGCAGGAAGAAGAUGACAGCUGCUUGCCUUCGGACUUGGAGGGUGCAGUCCGUCAAUCGGGUGAAGCAAGUGCAUCAUUUGUUUCUUCAGGAGGACUGAGAGCCAUAGUUGAGCUUUUAAUUCCCCAGCUGCAGUUUCUAGAUGAAGAAGGGGCACAAGCUGAGCUCUGGGAGUUGUCAAGGGUUUUCCUGGAUACCCUUAUAGAGGAAACUGGAUGUGAGAGAGUUAAAGCUGUAUUUCCUGAUGCUGGAGCAGCAGCACUACUAAAAUAUAAGUGGACAGAUGCUGCUUUUGGAUUCGCCAGCUUAAGUGACCGGAAACCCAUAACAAGUGAAGAUGAGAUUGUGGUUAUGAUUGUUCCUGAUUAUCAGAUGUUGGAAUAUGUAGAGAGACUUGCAGCCAGUCUUUCAGAUGAUCCGCCAAGGCCUCUAAUCAUGUGGAACCCACGUCUCAUCAGUGAGGAUGUUGGAGUUGGAUUUAAUGUACGAAAGUUAAGGCGGUACUUUCUGAGCACUUUUACGACGGUCUACUCAAUGAGGCCUAUGGAAUCCGGUGCUGUAUUUAGGUGCUAUCCAGGGUCAUGGAAGGUAUUCUUCGAUGAUAAGGAUAGACCAAACAGAUAUCUACUUGCAAAAGAGCUCCUGAGCCGUCCUGAUGCUGAAGACCUUGAGAUGAUAUUUGGAAAUAUGCAAGAGGAUUCAGAGCAGGGCCCAUCUUUGUUUGAUAAAGCAGCAGGGAUGUUCUCUUCAAUGAACCGAUUUAUGAGGAUCAUUUCAAAAUAGACUUUGUCACUGUUGUUUGAGCUAUCCUACAUUAUAAUACGUUUUGUGCAAUAUCUUAUGUACACAAACCCAUAGGAAACUAUGGCAGCCAAAUAUAGAAACAUAAAAGCUCCUGAAAUUGAAGUUUGCAAACCAUAUCAUCUAUGCUCCCAAAGCAGUUUACAAGGUUGUCUGUAUUGUAGCUUUUUGGUCAGGUGCACCCUUCAAGAGCAGAGGUAUACAACUUGGGUGCUCAUUAUUGGAGAGAGGUCAACAUGGAUACAAAAUGCUUUGUAACAUGGAUUCCUUCUUUUGAAUUAUGCUUCAAUGGAAUUUAUUAUUGGCAUGCACUAA